AUGCGAAUACCUUUAAGAUUAUCAACUUUCUUGGUCAUAUCACCGAAAGCUCCAAGAAACAUCCACAGUACGAGGUUCCAGAAAGCAUAUUCAACUCAUCCUCCAGGGGCAAAACUCAACAAGUCAAUUGACUAUGGCUCUACUCCCAUACUGUGCCAUAGCACAUCUAGUGCACUACAGAAUCCAGAGCUUUCACCGGAAAUCCGAAAUGGCACCACUAAACGAAUGAACCUGUUUCAAUCCGUUAACGAUGCAUUGUCCCUCGCAUUAUCCAGUGACGAAACAACUAUGGUCUUCGGUGAAGAUGUAGGAUUUGGAGGAGUAUUCCGUUGCAGUACAGGACUUGCAGAUCAAUAUGGGACACACAGAGUAUUCAAUACACCAUUGUGCGAACAAGGAAUUGUAGGGUUUGCAAUUGGGGCAGCUGCGGAGGGUAUGAAAGCAGUGGCAGAAAUUCAGUUUGCCGAUUAUGUAUAUCCGGCCUUCGAUCAAUUAGUCAACGAGGCCGCCAAGUGGAGAUAUAGGGAUGGAGAGUAUGGAAGAGGAUUGGGUGGGCUGACUGUUAGAAUGCCGUGUGGUGCAGUAGGACAUGGCGCCUUAUACCAUUCUCAGUCACCCGAAUCUUUAUUCACACAUAUCCCCGGUCUUCGAGUCAUAAUGCCACGAUCACCAAUUCAAGCAAAGGGCCUUCUUCUCGCUGCCAUACAAAGUCCAGAUCCAUGUAUCUUUAUGGAGCCUAAAGCAUUAUACCGUGCCGCCGUUGAACACGUCCCAAUUGAUGCCUAUACAUUACCUCUCUCCGUGGCAGAAAUCGUGAAGCCCGGAAAGGAUCUCACGCUGAUCUCCUACGGUCAUCCUAUGUAUACAUGUUCCGCCGCAUUACAAGCGGCAGAACGAGAUCUUGGUGUCAGUAUCGAGUUAAUCGACUUGCGGACCGUAUAUCCAUGGGACAAAGAAACUGUUCUGGCAAGUGUCAGAAAGACCGGAAGAUGCGUGGUAGUGCACGAAAGUAUGAUAAAUGCUGGAAUUGGUGCGGAAGUCGCGGCAAGUAUACAAGGAGACAAGGAAACAUUUUUGAGAAUGGAGGCACCAGUCGCAAGAGUCGCCGGCUGGGGUAUACAUAUGCCACUGAUGUUUGAGAAGUUCAACGUCCCAGAUGUUGCUAGGGUGUAUGACGCUAUCAAGAAGUCUAUCCAGUACUAG